AUGGAGCGCGGCAAGCCUAUGCUGCUAAAGCACGCAAGUCGGCUUCCUCGUGUGGCCCAGGCUGGGCGCGUUGCUGACGUCGGCGGACAUGAUGUCUUGCGUACUCGCUCCACUUUGGUCGAGGUCAUGGAUGAGAGAAAGGGGCUGGCGACGCAUAAGUUCGGCUCUCAAGAUCGCGCAGGCAUCCGUAACUCCCGGACCUGGUCCAGUCCAAUAGGACAAGGCAUGAACAAACAGCCUAUCGAGAGUGCCGCGCCGGUUAGGCAGGGCCAGCAAAGUCGGGGGUCAAGCAAGGCCGACGGUAAGACGAUCCCGUAUCCCGCGUAG